CAGAAAAAAAAAUAAAAAUUGAAAGAGAGAGAGAGAACAGAAGACAUUACAACAACAGAAAAAGCAAAAAGAAUUUUACAUUUUUUUUUUUGUAAUUUCAAACUGGAAUAUCUCAGAUCUCUUUCUUCAUAUUCUCAUCUUCUUUCAUUCAUCAGACCAUUAUUCUCUAAUCACAUUGUGAUAUCAGUAAUCAGCCAAAUAUAUCCACUCUUUUCUUUUAGGGGUAAUGAAGUUGUGCUAGCAAGAGAAGUAUCUUGAAAGUACCUAUGAAAUGGCAUUGAAGAGGGGAUCAUCAGGUUUAGGCAGCCAAAGGAACAGAAGCACUGGAUCUAGCUUCCCUAUUGUCAUUCUCAUCUUCUGUUCUUUCCUUGCUCCCUUGAUUUUCUUUGUUGGACGCGGUCUCUACACCUCUACUUCAAUUGAUCAUAAUGAUUCUUCAACCACUUCAAGUAAACAGGGUCUAGAUUGGAGGGAGAGGCUUGCUCUGCAGCAAAUUAAACCUUUGUUAACAAAAGAGGUGAUUGAUGUCAUCAAAGCCAGUACAGAGGAUUUAGGACCUCUCAGUCUUGAUUCUUUUAGAAAGAACAAUUUGUCUGCCUCGUGGAAAUUUGUUGGGCAAGAAAUUGAAGCCAAGAAAAGUGCAACUGAUGCAGAGGUCUGGGUUAAAGUAAAUAAGCCAAAUCAGAUAGCCGCUGCAGAUUCCAAACCAAAAAUCACCAGAGGCAAACGCGAUGGUCCUGUUGAUGGGGAUCAUUCCCAAUUUCUAGAUUCACCCGCUAAGUUGGCCAGAAGGCAAUUGCGAGAGAGAAGACGUGAAAAGCGUGCUGCUGAUUUACUGAAACGAGAUGAUGAUGUGACUGUGAAGCUUGAAAACGCUGCCAUCGAGCGCUCGAAGUCAGUUGACUCUUCUGUGUUGGGGAAGUACAGCAUAUGGAGGAAAGAAAAUGACAAUGAGAACACUGAUUCAACAGUACGCUUGAUGCGAGAUCAAAUGAUUAUGGCAAGAGUGUACAUAAGCAUUGCAACAACGAAGAAAAAGCCGGACUUGGCCCAUGAGUUACAGACUCGGCUUAAAGAAAGUCAGCGUGCGUUAGGUGAUGCAGGCUCUGAUGCUGAUUUAACACGCAGUGCACAUGAGAAAAUGAAAGCUAUGGGCCAAGUGCUAUCUAAAGCUAGAGAGCAGCUCUAUGACUGCAAGCUUGUGACUACAAAACUGAGAGCAAUGCUGCAAUCUGCAGAUGAGCAAGUCAGAAGUUUGAAGAGGCAGAGCACUUUCUUGAGCCAAUUAGCUGCAAAGACUAUACCGAAUGGGAUUCACUGCUUGUCCAUGCGUUUGACUAUUGAUUAUUACCUUCUUCCUCCUGAAAAAAGAAAGUUCCCAAGAAGUGAGAAUCUGGAAAAUCCUGAUCUUUUCCAUUAUGCCCUAUUUUCCGAUAACGUUUUGGCUGCUUCAGUCGUUGUCAACUCAACUAUUGUGAAUGCUAAGGAACCAGAGAAACAUGUAUUUCAUCUAGUCAGUGAUAAAUUGAACUUUGCAGCUAUGAACAUGUGGUUUUUGUUGAACCCUCCUGGAAAAGCGACAAUCCAUGUUGAAAAUGUUGAUGAGUUCAGGUGGCUUAAUUCUUCAUAUUGUCCUGUUUUGCGGCAGCUAGAAUCUGCUGCUAUGAAGGAGUACUAUUUCAAGGCAGCUCAUCCCAACACCCUAUCUGCUGGUUCUUCUAAUUUGAAGUACCGGAACCCCAAAUAUCUUUCAAUGCUCAAUCACCUUAGGUUUUAUCUCCCCCAGGUUUAUCCAAAGUUGAAUAAAAUCCUUUUUCUUGAUGAUGACAUUGUUGUUCAGAAAGACUUGACAGGAUUGUGGUCGGUUGACCUUCAUGGGAAAGUGAAUGGUGCAGUUGAAACCUGUGGUCAGAGUUUUCAUCGUUUUGACAAGUACCUAAACUUCUCAAAUCCCCAUAUUGCUAGAAACUUUGAUCCAAAUGCCUGUGGGUGGGCAUAUGGCAUGAACAUGUUUGAUCUUAAGGAGUGGAAGAAGAGAGAUAUAACGGGCAUUUAUCACAAGUGGCAAAACAUGAAUGAAGACAGGGUCCUGUGGAAACUGGGGACUCUACCUCCAGGGCUGAUCACAUUUUACGGGCUCACACAUCCACUAGAGAAGUCGUGGCAUGUCCUAGGUUUGGGAUACAAUCCUAGCAUUGAUCGGGCAGAUAUCGAGAAUGCAGCUGUGGUACAUUACAAUGGUAACAUGAAACCAUGGCUGGAGUUGGCAAUGACAAAGUACAGGCCAUACUGGACCAAAUAUAUAAAGUUUGACCAUCCAUACAUGCGCAGCUGUAAACUAAGUGAAUGAAGGUUCAACGAAAGCAGCCGUACAGUUGAUCUACUCUUUUUAUCUUGCCUUCUGUGCGACAGACUGGUCACAUAUCUAUAAUCUGAUUGUGACAAAUGAGCUCUUCUAUACCGCAUUUUUCUUAGUCUUCUUCGUGCAAUGCCACCUAAUUCUUUAUUCUUCCCUGUGAGUCAAAUAUACUCAUUUUUCAGUUUCCGCUCUCUGUACCAAGUCCCCUCUGCUUGGACCUAUGCUCAAUUAUUUGGGUAAGAAAGUGUUAGUAAUUUUAUUAACUCCAGUGUAUUCUUUGAACAGAAACUAACUUUUAUUCUAGAAUUAAAUCUGAGUUUUAACCA